AUGCCCCUGGAUACCGACGAAGAUGAAGACUGGUACGAAAGGAGAGAUCCAGGAAGACUGCGGACUGAUGAGACCUGGACAAAUGAUGGAAUGCCUGAGAAAGGGCUGAGAAAGCCAUUCACACUGGCAAGGAGUCAAGCAAUGGCUAUUGCCGGCGUAACACCGGAUAUUAGCGAAGCUUUCGAGGGCACAUACAGGUAA